GAGUAAAGGAAACAUCUCGGGGCUGAGGAAACAAAUUAAAGUAGGUGCCGACGCAACUUUUUUUUAACUUGUUGAGCACACAAUUCAAAAGGAUCCCGAUUUCAACAGAAAAGUGUUGAUCAUCCGAGAUCUUCGUGAGAUGACCAGCAAGGUCCUUCAUUAUUACAAAGGCGAUUUCUUGGAUGAACUUCCUGGACUGGUGGAUUUCACAAUGGUGCUUAACCUCAGCAACAGACAAAAACACGAGGUCAAGGAGCUGAAGAAGCUUGCAAGGAAGUUCAAGAGAAGUUCUGUUGGUAGUGCUGUUUAUCUGCACCCGAAACUGAUUACUGUCUCUGAGAGUGUCGGAGUGACAGAUGGGAAGAUGGACGAGCUUUUGGAAACUCUGAACCUAAGGGAUGGGGCGAAAGCGAAGUUCUUUUUCAACAUGCUGGGGCUAUGCGAGUCAACAGGGGAGAAGCUAUUGGUUUUCAGUCAGUACCUCACUCCAUUGAAGUUUCUGGAGAGGUUAGUGGCGAAUAUGAAAGGGUGGAUGAUGGGGAAGGAGAUAUUUGUGAUCUCGGGUGAAUCGAGUUCUGAACAGAGAGAGUGGUCCAUGAACCAGUUCAACAAGUCACCAGAUGCUAAAGUCUUCUUCGGAUCGAUUAAGGCUUGUGGAGAGGGGAUAUCACUGGUAGGGGCAUCGCGGAUUCUGAUCUGGGAUGUUCAUCUGAAUCCAUCCGUGACCCGCCAGGCUAUAGGGCGGGCGUUCCGACCAGGUCAGACCAAGAAAGUGUAUAUGCAUACCGGUUGGUUGCUGCUGAUUCGCCCGAGGAGGAAGAUCAUAGUGCUUGCUUCAGGAAGGAGGCGAUUGCCAAAAUGUGGUUUGAAUGGAACGAGUAUUGUGGUUACCAGAAUUUUGAAGUGGAGGAAAUCGAUUUGGAAGAGUACGGUGAUCCCUUCUUGGAUAGUCCUCUAGUGAGGGAAGAUAUUAGGGUUCUGUACAGAAGGUUAGCAUGUCAAUCAGUCUAGUGCUUAAUUCUGACAUCGUACCCGGUCCAAAGUCUUUACUAAUUUAGUCCCCUUUCUGCACAUUUCAGGUGAUCGUGAUCAAGAAAAUGGCCCCUAAGUUGUGGAGAAGGCCAGCUGGGUUUCCAGUUUUCCAGCCUGCUAUUAUCCUGAUGGGUUGUGCUCUAACUUCCCUUGCAUCUUUCUGCUCAACCUUAAGUGAAGUCGGAAAUUGUCUAUCCUCUUAAGUCUUCUUGCGACUUUCCUCCUGAGUUCUUGUAGUGCCGGAUCGGUCUUUGUUAGAAACAAAGUUUCUAACGGGUU